CUUUUUCACCGUGUGACUAUUAAUGCGUCAUUCCACUUUAAUGACGGUGACAAUGGCCGUGAUUAAAAGUGAAAUGUCCCAAGCCGCGACAAAACCUCGCAAAUCCACGUUUUGUCGUAAUUGUCAAAAGGCUCGCGUCGUUUUUAGCCGCAGUUAAUGAGGCGGCUUUUGAUGUGGGCGACAUGUCUCACCGCCCAGGGUGGCGCAUAGCCAGGGGGCGGCAGAAGAACUCAGCAACAGAAAAGAAAUGCAUGAUAAAGAUGUUGUUUUUUCAUUUAUUUCUCUUUCUUUGUGUCGCAUUGUUGCAUUCAGAGAAAUUCACAAGGCGAAACCAACGUUACGAGUUCUAACUCGGCACAAAGUCAAAGUUGGAACAGAGACAUUUGUAAAACUUGUGGAUAAAAAAAUGAAAAAAAAUCUUGAAUUUCAUAUGUACAAUAACCCAAUCAUUUCCAGUUCAUCAUUGUGACAUAAUGUAUAAACUGAUUAUGUAUGUAAAGGCGCCAGUAUCUGUGUGUGUGUGUGCAUGUGUGUGUGGACGAAGGGGCGUGGGUCGGGACUUGAGGAAAACUACCAGGGGAAGAAAAAAAAAAAGCUAAGUUUUGGUCAUACUUAAUACUUAAUUAUGAAACAUUGCAUUGCCCUGUCUGAUCCAUUCGCGGGGAUGUUGAUUUUGGCAGGCGGGGGGGACUUGGCGUUCUGGCAAGCGAUCAGCAGAGAGACAGACGGACGAGGUGGUUGCGCAGAUGAAAAUUUUUUCAGACUUCCAGAGUCUCACCGCAUUCGUGCCUCCUGCACCUGCCUUUUGCUUAUUUUAAGGUCAGAAAAAGAGCUCUUCCUCCCCGGUCCACAAAGCCAGCGAUGAACAACAACAACUGCCUUUCUCCACCUGUGUGUUCGCUUCAGGACGCCGAAUGGUACUGGGGAGAUAUAACAAGAGACGAGGUGAACGAGAAGCUUCGCGACACACCUGACGGCUCCUUCCUGGUGCGCGACGCGUCCACGAAGCUGCAAGGAGAUUUUACUUUGACUUUACGGAAAGACGGACACAACAAGCUGAUCAAGAUCUACCACCGUGACGGGAAGUACGGCUUCUCGGACCCCUUCACGUUCACGUCGGUGGUGGAGCUCAUCUGGUACUACCAGCACCACUCGCUGGUGGAGUACAACGCCAUGCUGGACCUGAUGCUCAUGCAUCCCGUGUCCCGUUUCCAACAGGUCAGCGAGGUGAAAGAAGACAGCGUUGACGUUGCUGGCAGAAAGCUCAAAGAGGUCCACAAUCAGUACCAAGAGAAGUCGAAAGAGUUUGACCGUCUUUAUGAAGCCUUCACCAAGACCUCGCAGGAGAUCCAGAUGAAGCGCACGGCAAUAGAGGCCUUCAACGAGGCAAUGCUGAUCUUCGAGGAGCAGUGUCGCGAGCAGGAGCGAUACGGAGAGGAGUUUGAGAGGAACAGCCUGUCGGAGGGAACCGACAAUGAUUUGGAGAGCUUUCUGAUCAAUUACGAAAAGCUGAAGUGCCGACUUGGCGAGAUCUACGACAGCAAGCUGCACCUGGAGGAGGACUUGAGGACUCAGGUGGAGGAUUACAGAGAGACGGACAGGAAGAUCAACAACUUGCGGCCGGACCUCAUCCAGCUUCGCAACAUCCGAGACCUGUAUCUCAACUGGCUUAAUCACAAAGGAGUACGGCAGAAACGCAUAAAUGACUGGCUUGGGAUACACAACGACAGCCUUGAUGACACAUACGUAUUGAAGGGAGAUGAGAAGAACCUACCACAUCAAGACGAGGCGAGUUGGUUCGUCGGGGAACUGAGUCGAACGCAGGCCGAGGAGAUGCUUCAAGGCAAAGUUUCUGGAACGUUCCUGAUCCGAGAGAGCAGCAAGCAGGGAUGCUACGCAUGCUCCGUUGUCGUGAACGAAGAGGUGAAGCACUGCAUGAUAUACAGCACUUCCCACGGUUACGGCUUCGCCGAGCCCUACGACGCCCACUGCUCGCUCAAAGACCUCGUCCUGCACUACCACCUCCACUCCCUCGCGCAGCACAACGACGCCCUGGACGUCCGGCUGCUGCACCCCGUGCACGCCAAGGCGGCGGACCCCGCUUCCCAGCACUCCGACGAACACAAACUGUUACAGACUCCAAAACACAUGCAGCCGGGACUCCCGGCCGCAGCCCCGGAGAUGUGAUCGAGCGGCAAGAGACUUUCCGUCGCGUACCCUGUGAGAAGGACUGCGUUAAAACGGUGCAUCGCGUAGAAGAUUUGCACUACCGGUGAUUCCAUCAGCUUUCGCGAGUGGGAUCUCGCAGAUUUGAAGUGGGACCGGAACUUGAAUGUCAACUUGACUGUUUCAAACUGAUUUUCUACUUCAGCAUUUCAGCACCGUUUGUUCAAAAGCCCUCCCCGGGGCCACCCUUUCUUUCGGGCUGUGGUGUUGGGGAAGGUAAGCGGGGGAGUCCGCGACCGAGAGUUUGUCCACUGGCGUCGGGGGCGCUGUGCCCUCCCAGUUGCUGGAGAUGUCCAUUUCCGACGUUGGAAAUCGAUUCAGCUCUUCAGAUUUAACCAAUAUCUCAGAUGUGUUGGGGUUGCGACUAUAAAGUGCAUUUGUGAGUGGGGAGGGGCGAUGGGGAAACAAAAAAGACACGAGGUCGGUAUCAGUUAGGUGGGUUAAAAUAAAAUGCCCCAUGUGAAUAUGUUAAAAAAAAAAGUCAUGGUGCAUCUUAACUAUUUGCCCCCCUUUUUUUUAAAUAUAAAACAAUUCAUAUACAAUGGAUAAUUAUGUAGCAUUAACAUACUGUAGAAAACCAUUGUAAAGGCAUACUCAAUGUUAUUACCCAUUGACCAAAGCACUUAAUAGUGAGCAAAAAUAACAUCCCUGUUUUAGUGUGGUAACUGCAUUUUGGCCAGGGUAGGGCGACGUAUGUACACCUGCUGACGUGCUGAUCGAAACAUAAUCUGAAGUACUGUAUGUUAUAUUCUGUUACUCAAAGAAGUAUAAGCUUUUUGUAUUCUAUAUAUAUUUUUUCUAUAAACACGCCACAAGAUGAAAGCUUGAAGAAAGUGCAAUCUAACAGUAUUUCUAUUGUUGUAAUGUGUGACGAGAAUGACGGAGGUGUCCAACGGUGUCGCUAGUUGGCGAGAGGUUGACAUUUGCCACACACAAAAAAAAAUGCACUCUACCCCCCCGAUCCCUGGUGGUUUUUGUUUUAUUUUGUUUUUGUUUGUUUUUUUCGGGAUUGCGCGGCCUGUUUGUGUGAACUGCCAGAUGUCCGAAGUAUCCUGCCUCCAUUACUUGAAUUGUGGCGUUGCUCUAGCUAUGAAUGUUCCUUUUUUUUUUGUUUGUUUGUUUUUCUUAACACACAGCCUACAUAGCUUAAAAGGAAAGGAAUCCAUGUUAAACUCUGCACAUUUUUAUUGUUUUGUUUGUUUGUUUUUUUUCCAAGGUAGAGGACAACUUUGUUUAUAGAUGCCAUAACGUGUUGCUCAUGUUGGUUGGUGGGGAGGAGGUUGAUGACGGAUCCUUUUGAGAAAUUCUUACUCCACUGGAGGACUGAGGAAACUCCUCGAGGAAAAAGCUAAGCAAUGUGAGAUCCUGGCCUUUUAUCUUGCUGAGAGACAAUAAACUGAAAAGAGUUUUGUCAACUUA